UGUAGCUGAUAUUGUUAGCAGUGCUGCAUGAGGUGAAGCGGCUACACGCAGAAUAUUAGAUUAUUUGUUCAGGAUGUUCCUGACUCAGACUUUGCUGCGGAAGGGAAUCCCAGGUCGUCAGUGGAUCGGGAAAUGGCGACGGCCACGCCCAGUCACCUGGCAGAUAAAGAGGAAUGUUGUAAAGCGUCUAGAGCGCGAGGCAGAAAACGAGUACUGGCUGAGCCGACCAUACAUGAGCACUGAACAGGAGAAAGGCCACGCCCACGCCCGCCGUACACACACCUGGGAAAACCUCCGGCUCACACGCCAGACGGCCUUUCCCCCUCACAAAUCCGUGAUGGAUCAUCUGCAACACCUGAACAUCACCCGUACCUGGAACUGAGCGUGUGUGUUGCAUUAAUAAAGUGUUCAGCGUUGAUUCUGUGUUGGUUCUGGUCCUGCCAUUGCUCAGGGGUCCAGAGUUUAGUGCUCUUUGAUACUGACAGUGUAUGUAUGGUGGUGCUGCUGAAGCUCCAGUCUGUCAUGUGUAUGUUGAGACUGGGUAAUAGAGGUGCUCUGUUCCACUUUACUGAUGCUCCUGCAGUUCAGCACCCACUGUUAGGACUCUCGGGAACUCUGUUAGUUACUAAUGUUGUUAAUUGUAAUUAAUCUAAUAAACUCGUCUGUACAGACUGUAUUAUUAUUAUUAGUUUUACACUAUCUGUAACUUUUUGUUUAAUUCUGUUUUAUUUAUGCAGCAGUCAUGUGAAUCGUGAGUUUUGUAAAAAAAAAAAAUAAAAAAAAAGAUUACUGGUGAAA